UAAGGUAGUUACCAUGGGCAGGAAUAAAGCUACAGCACGUAGGACGCCUAGUAAAAAGCUAAAAGAAUCAAGCAACGGUUCGAGUUCGCAAACACCCUUUGUUGACCCAUACCGCCAAACUGCUGUACAGCUGCCCACUACAUCUCUACAGUAUGUGCAUAGAUAGUAAUAUUUCCGGAGCAAAUACAGAGGCUGCUACUACAGAAGUGAGUAUUAGUAAUGAGCAUGUAAAAUUUACUCAAACAAAACGAAUGCACAGAGUGACUUGGUGAACAAGACUGAUCCCAAAUAUACUAUCUAUGUAUGAUGGUAAGCCUAUGGUUGGGUACCUUUACCCUCUAUGCUCCGCUCCUCACACUACUUGUACAGUAUAUCAGAAACCAUUUUUUCCGGUGGCAGCCUUUUGGGUACCGAUAAGGAGUCUGAAGGCAGUGAAGAGAGCACUGAAGCUAAGACAAAGUUAAAGGAUCUUUUGGAUGGAAUCAUCGCUGUGAGCAGCAAGUACUCCAUGGAUGAUGAACCUAUGAACACCGAGCAGGAAACAGCCAAGGAUUUAACUGCACAUGCUGCAAUGCUUGAAUCGUGUGCGACGGACCCAGAAACGAAAGAAGCAGUGAAGCCUGAGGAACUAACAUUUUGGAAGCAAGUCACCGAUCCCAAAUCAAACCAUACGUACUACUGGAACCCCAGAACGAACCAGGUGUCAUGGACUCUCCCUGACAACGGAGUCAUUGCUGAUAACACUCCUGAUAACCCCGUUCCAGAAGACACUAGCAUGGAACCGGAAGCGGACAAUCCAUACGCUGAUUACUAUGCCUACUACAAGCAGUUUUAUGGUAAAACUGAUACAGAAGCUUCAAAUACAGAAGAGGAUGAUGAAAUUGCUGAAAGCAAAACAGAUGAUGAAAGUGCUAAAAGCAAGACUGAUAUACAAAGUGAUUUGGUGAAUAAGACCGGGCCAAAACCACUGUCUACAAAGAAGGAUGGUGACCCAGCUACGGAGAUAAUUAUUGGCCCUCUUCUACCGCCCUCUCACGUACCCAAGGAUGCACAGUCACAUGUGACUGAGGAGGGUGAUGUUACUGCAAGGCCAGGGCUGAAAAGAAAAGCUUGCUCAGAGGAGGAUACUGAAGGCUUAACAAAUAACAGCCUUGAUCCUGUAUCCAAAAAGCAACGCCUCAAGUCUAAGGCUGUUGGUGCUGCCAAGAAGAACCUUUCUCCCCAAAUCAAACUGAGUCCACAGGCAGAGCAAGCAUUAAGAUUCCAGGUAUCAAACAUGGCUGAUCAGCUCACUCGCAAGCUAGGCUACCUGCAUGUGACCAACGAAGGGCUUUCUGAUGUACAGCUGCUCAGCAUUCAGCUACAUACUCGACUCUCAGACUGGAAAGAGGGUGGUAUCAACUCAAAGUUCAUGCUCUCAAAGCUCAGAUCCUUUGCAGUCUCACUACAGGAGUACGAGCAGUCUGCAGCUCCUGAAGGCUGGAAAGUCGUUUGGGACAGCUCCUCGUGUCGCUACCAGUACCACAAUCUAUCCACUGGGGAGACCACCUGGGAAUAUCCCACUCAACUAGCAGACUCACAUGAGAUUUCAGGUCAAGAGGACAGCUCUGACAAUGAAGAGUUUCCAUUGGUCACCCCUGCUGCUCAACCAACCACGUUAAAUGUUUCCCUUAGCAACCAACUUCCUACAAGUGAUGAGCCGAACGUCAACCUACCUCCUGCAAUGGAACCAACUAGGCUAAGUCAGCUUGUGACCACAGCAGAGGUUAGCAGCACUCCACCAGGACCACCCCCAAUAGAGCCGACCCCUGACCGUAAAGGAGAGUGUACUCCCAAAGUACAACCCACUGUGAGACAUAGCAAGCCCCCUUCCCCAUCCACCAAAAGUGAGCUCACCUUGCAGAAGGUUCGACAGAAGCUCUAUCCCGGUCUACGCCCACAACGUUCUAGAGAGUCCACCGAUAACAUUGAGAUACCGCUACUGGCACCAACUGUUAUCACUGAAGUUCCCCCUGAAGCAAAAAACUAUGCCAUAGUGGAACAACAAGUGGUACCCAUAAACCCUGAAGGAGUAGAGUUUAUUUCCGAGUACCCUCCACCCUCUGAAGAGAAAAUUGUUUCUGACAGCCCAAAAAGCUCUGGAGUUUUUGACAUGGGUGUCAUCAAAUCAGAUGAGUCAAGUGCUAAGGCUGCAGCUCCCUCUACACAACAAAUAACCGAGAGUGAAGCUCGUAUACGAGAAAGGCUGCUCGAAAGACAUCGAAUCAAAUUCAGUGUGUCAUCGAAAGACAAGAAAGAGGAGGUUCCUCCCAUAAGUGCUGUCAAACAGCCAAUGAACAAACCCCAACCAGAAAUUCCGGUGAAUCGAGUAGAGCAAUCCACAGGAGAGGGCGUCCAGGGUGCAGUCGUCAUUGCUCCACCUCCCGGUAAUACUCAGGGAAGCGGUGUGGAUGACUCACGAGUUGAACCAGAGACUGGAGAAGUUGAACCUUUACCUGGAUCUAAAAGUGACCCUCCUAUUGCAAUUGAAAAGACUGAAGCAAUGCUCGUGAAGACAAGCAAAGGACAAGGACAAAAGACGUCAUCUGGACUGUACCAAAACUGGUCCCCCAGCCCCACGGAGAGCAUCGAACGGUUCCCCUCCAGCGAUCAGAAGAGGGUUACAAAGGAGGGAGAGGAAUCAAGCGAGAGUAGUGCUGAUUCUGGUUCCACUGGUAAAGGAGAGACCGUCGGGAGGUGCUACAUGGACAGUGAGGAAAAAAGGGAAAGGAUCACUUCUGAGAGGUCAAGGUCGCCCAGUAGAAAGUCCAAGUAUGAACAGAAACAUGAUGAUUACCACAGUGACUCGGAUCGUGGGAGGUAUUCAGACGUUGAGGUCAGCUCUAGAAAACACAAGAGUUCCAGACGCUCACGAAGGGACUACAGUUCUGAUGAUUCUGAGGAGCGCUCAUCCAGGAGAGAAAGGCACCACAGGUCUCACCACUAUGACAAUUCAGAUGAUGAACACUCUAAAGAUGAACACUCUAAAAGACGAUCGUCAAGGAGCUCUCAUCGCAGCAGCAAGAAGAAUCGAUCUCGUUCCCGUUCGGGGCACAGACGCAAACGAUCUCACUCCAAAGAUUCCCAUUCCCCCCACUCCACUGAACGCAGCCAGAGGAGAUCGCCAAAGCACAAGAAGGUAAAAAAAGAGAAAAGGAAGAAGCAUCACAAAACUGAUAAAGAAAAGAAAGAUGGAAAGAAAGAUGAAAAUAAGGAAGAAGAGGCGUCUAAGCCACCUCCUAAUGUCAUUGUGGGAAAAGUCGGGCGGAUUAGCACCCAACGCACUCUUGGGAAAGACAGAAAGCCAGACGAUAAACCAGAGACACCUAAAACCCUGGCAGCUCAACAGCCUCAGGCCAUGUCAGCCACGUACUAUCAGCACCCAACCACUGGAGAAGUGCCCUACUACUAUUAUCAGGGUUACUACGAUCCCAGUGCGUAUCAGCAGUGGGGACAGGGGCAGGGGCAGUGGUACGGACAGGAUGUAACUCAAGCUACUCCUGGAGUCGUGCAGUAUCCGUCACAGUACACAACAAACUCACAGUAUGCCACAACAACUGCUGCCAUCCAGCCUGAAACAACACAGCCUGUAGUGUCUACGCCAAUGACUGGAGAACCUCACACUGAACUAGCUCAAGAGUCGAGGGAAAAUGUUGGCAGGCCUCCUACUGAGACAGAAUCGAUAAACGUUGAGGCAGACAAAGUAGAGACGGACACCGAUAAAACUGAACACGUAGUCGCACCCAGAAUGGAAGUAGCUGAAGCCGAGACUGGAGAAGCAGUUCAAAUGUCACAAGAUUUACCUCAAGAAGCAGCUGUUGUACAGGUUCCCCAAAUUCCUAUACCUGUUAGUUUGUCUGAAACAGUUGAGCCUAGUAAAGUACAGAGAGUUGCCGAGGAUGUACUGAGGACUGUAGACUCCAGUGAUAAGAUUGCAGUGACCAGUAAUGAAGUUAGUGAAGAAGUGACCAGUGAUGAAGUUGGUGAAGAAGUGUCCGUAUAUACAUACGAUGCUGUGGAGAAUCGCUCUAAACAAGGAACAAACACAAUUGAGGUGGAAAUCGAGGAACCGAUCAUGGAGUGUGACAUGGACAUUGAUGAAGAGAACACUCCAAGUCCACAGCCAUUUUCACAGGAACCAAGCAAUGAAGCUGGACUUGUUAUUGCGAGAGAUAACAGUAUUGAUACAAACAUUUCUGAAUCUAUUGCUCCUCCUGCAAUUGCUGAGCAUAUCAACAGCCAAGAGGAGAUUUCCCUUGCCAUUCCACUUCCUCCCACACUUUUAGAGGACCCGCUACCCCAACCACCACCAGAAGCCCCUCCAACACCCCCUGCAGACAGCAAUUCACUCUCUGACAAGGACAGCUCCUUGCCCAAGCCUUUUGAUGGAGAUGCAGUUGUUGUUAAGAGUUCAGAGGCUCUACCUGCUCCUCCCACGCCCCCCACACCACCAGCUACAAGUACUCUAGCAUCUACAACCACUACCACAGACUAUUCAGCCUACAUGCUAGCAAACCAACAGCAACAAGCUUACAGCUAUGCCUAUGCUACGAACAACUAUGUGCAGGCAGCGUACAAUGCUUAUGUGCAGCAAGCCAGUGCUGCUGCAUACCAGGCCUAUGGUGCAGGAUACCCUGGAUACAGCGCCUACCCAGCAGCGUCAAGCUAUGGCAGUUCUUACGGGGCUGGCUAUUAUGGGACUACUGGGACUACAACUCCAACCACACCAACCAGUGGAGGCGGAGGCUAUGGCAAGAUGGCUUAUCAGCUAGCUCAAGAAGCUGCCAAUACCAGUACUUCAGAUAGUUCUGAUGCAAAGAAAAGUGAGUUUGCGAUUCCUGGGACAAAGUCUAAGCAGAUGAAGAAUAUGAUGGACAAGUGGUCCUCUUUUAAGGACAAGGAAGACUCUAGCUCUUAGACACUGUAAAUUUGUUGGCUGAACACUCUCAUUAGUGUUUGAGGUAUAUUAUGCGGCUGAAUACUCUCAUUAAUGUACAUGUUUGAGGUGUAAUUAUUUUAUGCUGUACAUGUACAAUAAUUUGUGCUUUCUUAUUUAAUUGUGCUGCAAUAAUUGAAGUUGACUACCUUAA